UGGUUGGUGAUUUCAUUCUACCACAAGUAUUUUGCAUUAGAUGUUUGUACAGCAACAUACAACUAAACAGCUGCGAAAAUAUGGCUCAAAGGCUUGGCGAGUUGGCAACAGUGUUCUAGAGUCGUUGUUGAAACCUACCUAUGUGGACAUACCUUACGCUGUUAACCAACGAAUAAGAAGUUGUUUUGACCUAUUAUCUGACUCGACUCAGUGCCAAAUUUUGAAUUCUCUGCUUCUACAAUACGAACAUAUUUCUCCUCAAACACGAUUACGUUUCUUACAGUUGAUUCAGCCUCGCGACUCCAGUGUUCAAGAAUUGGUACGUUGGAUAUGGGAACGCAGUAUGUGGGAACAAAGAGGUUAUUUUGAGCAUCGAUUGGGGCAAUCUAUUAUCCAAGAUUCUUGGAGUCUACACAUGGAGUCUAGUUCGUUGGACUCAAAUUCAUGGAAACCAACCAACGACAACUCACAUGAAAAUGAUAUAUCCGAGACAACUUGCGUCGUCAAGUUAUCGACCAACAAGCGCAAAAGAAAGGAACAUCCUUGGUAUUUUAUUGUAAAGUCUAUGAAAAGCGCUUCUCUUUCUUCGGAUUUUUCAGAAAAGAUUAUACAAGUAUUGAAAACUACUUCUCUGGACCAACUGAUAACUUAUUGGAAGGACUGGUUUGAUCAUCCUAUGAUAGAUAGAGGCAGCAUGAAUUGUAGUGACGAUGGAGCAUGGAUAUGUGUCAUUGGCAAUGAAAUAUUUCAUUCCUAUGUGGAAUGGAGAGAAAGCGAGAACACCUAUUCUACUGCUCAUCUCGUUGCGGUUAUUUCAUAUUUAUUUGUUCCUUUUGUUGUUCGCUUGAGAAUGGAAAUGGCCACUAUUGAUUCAACAACAUUUCGUAUUGCCCUUGUUAUGCAAGCAUAAUGCAUUGGAAGCUCCUCAAGUGGAAGUCAUA